AUGGAAGGGGGGUUUUGCACGAAAUAUGCUGUGCUGCUUGCAAAGAAUAUCCUCACUGUAACUGAUCAGGAAUCGCUCGCAGACAGAAACGAUACACCAGAACUGCUUCAAUGUAAACGUUGUAACGAAAACAUAUUUACAUUUCCACUAAGAAAGGAAUUCGUAGGACUACUAUGUGGGCACUAUAUCCAUCGUGAUUGUCUCGAAAGUAACAAAACUUGUCUCGAUUGCCACUCUGCUUCCGACAGACUAUUUCUUUCACAAAACAACCAUAAAACAACAGACCCUAGCUAUGUCGUUGCGGAAACUGGUGCGCUGAAAUCGGUAACAUCGAGCUGCAAUAACGUCGAGGCAGCACACGAGCACGGAUUAGGGACUUCUAGCGUAAAAGAUUUACCAGUAGUGAAUAAAACAGAGAAAAAAACAGAAAAGUCUCAUACCAAUACGUUACAAGAAAUUCACAAGACUAUCAACGAUAAAAGUGCGGCUGUCUCUUAUGUAAAACAGCAGAGUGUACUAAAUAACAGAAGCAACGAACAGACUCCCCUCUCGGACAGAGAAAGAGAGUUUAUACAAGAGAUUUCUUCCUCUAUUGGCCAACAAGAAGGUAACUGUUGUCCACCUGUCAAUGAGGAAAAUAGCACGGAGACUGUACCAAAUACGGUAUGCCAAAAAUCUGUUCAUGAUACCGUUACAUUGCAACAUUUGGCCAAGUUAUAUCGCAAAGCCACUAGUGCAGAAAUUUCUGCCAUGGAGGCCAACCGAAAAGAGAUUCUGUGCUGGUACUACUAUGCUAGCGCAUUUAUCAACAACGUAAAAAGAUUUGUUACUGACGAGAGAGUUGGGGAAAAAACAGCCAAAGGGAGAAUAUACGAUUUCAUUGCUAGCCAACAUCCCAAAAUCAAACGAGGGAAUCUCUGUAAAAAAACGCAGAGAGCUAUUAAGAUUUACAAGUUGUUCGAGAAAAUAGGGAUAGACAAAAUUAAACAUGUUACUACGUACAGUGCGAACUUAAUUGCAAGCUUCACGAAUAAUCAGAUACAAUCAAUUAUUCACUAUUUCUCUGUGGAACACAACGAGAAAUUAGCAGGAAACCGAGACCCACCGAUUACUGAGAAUGAACGAAACACUGUAAAUUUCACGAGUAAUCCGAACCAAGCCAUUAAUAGUUGCUCCUCUGUGGAAUACGAUGAAGGGUUUCAAGGAAUCCAAGACUCAGCGACUAUUGAGAUUGCUGAGCAAGACACUACAAGUUUCACGAAUAGUGAGAUCCAAGACAAUCUAUCUGUGGGACACGAUGAGGGGUCGCAUGAAGAACGAGAUCCAUCGAUUACUGAAACUGUUGAACAAGACACGUUUAUUUCCCAAGGAAACGAUUCUGCUACAGAUAGCAUUGGUUCGGUCAUCGUUUCCUUAAAAACUGAUUCUUCUACCGAUAACAUCAGCCAGUCUAUUGUUCCCCAAGAAUUGCAUUCGAGUGAUUUAGAUGACCGGACUACCACAGUAUCGAGAAAUAAAGAAUACGAAAAUGAAUACAUAUGCGAACAAGCCAAUGAACACUUUCACGCAUCGAGCGUGUACGAUCCAAGCUAUGAAAAGUUUUUAGACACAGACAAUGUAAUAAUAGAAGAGUUUCACCGAUUAGACAGUACAUCGAAUAACAUUUGCAAAGAAACUAUCAUACCCAACUUAAGUACUCGGAAACCGUUAACUUAUGACCGAGAUGAUAAUAUAGACGAUGAUAUAGACGAUGAUAUAGACGAGGAAUUAAUUGACCACAUUGGCAGAGAAUAUACAAAAAUCAUCAGGGGGGAAUUAGCAUCAUGGAAACUCAAAGGUCAGAAUAAGCAUGCUAAUGCUUCAUGCUUCGAGUGUCGCUCCUAUGGAGCCCUUUGUCCUAGUUGCUUUGUAACCGAUUAUAAUACAAAAGUACGCCGUAAACUAGUGGAAAUAGAUAUCGAGGAUGACGAACCCGGGUAUGAGACGCCUAACUCAGAUUCUAUGCAUAAUGCGCUAUCAAUGAAUUGUUCUUCCAUAAGUUCAUUCUGA